UGCCGCCCGCCCUCCCUCCCUCCCCCCGCACCAUGACCAAGAGCGAGAAGAAACCCUUCCAGCAGAGCCUGGCCGAGUGGAAGCGCUUCAUCUACAACCCGACCAGCGGCGAGUUCCUGGGGCGCACGGCCAAGAGCUGGGGUUUAAUCUUGCUGUUUUACCUAGUCUUCUAUGGAUUCCUAGCUGCACUCUUCACCUUCACAAUGUGGGUCAUGCUUCAGACAUUGAACGAUGAUACUCCCAAGUAUCGGGAUCAGAUUUCCAGCCCAGGACUUAUGAUUUCACCAAAACCACAGAGUGCAUUGGAGUUUACAUUCAAUAAGUCUGACUCUCAGACAUAUAAUAGCUAUGUUUUGGCUCUAAAAACUUUUCUACAAUCCUAUAAUGAUUCAAAGCAGAAGCAAAACAUGGACUGUCCCAUCGGAGUACUUUUUGAACAGAAUUCCAGUCCUAAGAGGGCCUGUCGGUUUAACCGGACGCUGCUGGGACCUUGCUCUGGAAUUAGUGAUGGAUCUUUUGGCUAUUCUACAGGAGCCCCUUGUGUACUUGUGAAAAUGAAUAGAAUAAUUGGAUUAAAACCUCAAGGGAAACCAUCCAUAACCUGUCUUGCCAAGGAAUCAAGCAAAGUGCAAGUCACCCAUUAUCCUGAAAAUGGAGCUAUUGACUUAUCAUAUUAUCCCUACUAUGGGAAAAAAUUACACGUGGGCUACCUGCAGCCGUUGGUAGCCGUCAAGAUCGCAUUCAACCCCCUCAAUGGUACCAAGGAGGAAGUGUCGGUGGAGUGCAAGAUAAUGGGAUCCCCCAACCUGAGAAACCAGGAUGAUCGGGACAAGUUCUUGGGGCGCGUGGUCUUCAAAAUAACAAUGAGCGAAUAGUCUGAGUAGCCAAUCUCCACCGAGUCAAUGUUGUGUUGUCUGUCUUCAUCUUGUAUCCGCUGGACCUGCCAUUCUAGAAUUCGAGACCAUCUUGGAGACGGCUGGGGUGGCUCCUGCCGGAAAAGGAACAGGAUGACAUGGGUUCCAGCCCCUCCCAAGUCACUGCCGUUGCCUCUGCUCAGCCCAUUGGACCGGUGGACAGACAUAGACGUGUCAUAUUAGGGACCUGUAAAUAGCUGAUUCCAGACAAGUAAUAAUGGUGGUCUUUGUCCUGUUCUAUCUAAUGGGGUAUUUUCUCCAAGUGAGUGUCUAAAGCUUAAUGUGCUGUGCUCUGUAAAUAUUUUAUUGAUUUAACACUGGUUUAACUGUCGUAUCUCAACGCCAACACAGAUUUAGGGAUCACGUGAUCAAAAGUCAAUGGUACAGGACCAACCGACGGUGAUUUUAAUAACCUCUGCGAGAAUUGGGUGGAGACACUACGUUCUGUAUGCAAGGAAGGAAAACGAAAUAAACAUGGAUUUUAAAAGUGUUUUAGCAUGGAUUUUUGGAAACUUCAAGUGCUACAUUAAUCUAGAUUUGUGUGUGUGCUUGGCACGGCGUGGGUGUCUAAUGCAUGUGGGGAAAAUAGUGGAAGGGCAGGAAUUUUAGUGGGGGAAUUGACUCUGUUGUAAAUUGUGUCCAGCAUUAUAAAGCUAGAAUGCAAUUAGCCAGUGUUAAUUUAAACUUGAAUGCAGCAUCAAAAUGAGUGUAUUUUUAAAAAUGUGUUUACUUUAGACUUGUUAUAACUAGACAGAAGUUUUGAGAAAGAGGUUCUGUUGUGGGAUUCUCCUGCCCUUUGCCAAUAAAGUGGAAAUCCCAGUGUGAAA